AACCUGUCCUGAAUGCUGGCAGAAGUUUGAAUCCAGUUGGUACUUCCUGUCUACUGAGACUAAAACCUGGAAUGAGAGCAGAGAGGACUGUCUGGAGAGAGGAGCAGACCUGGUGAUCAUAAACAGUGAUAUGGAACAGGUGAGUGAGUGAGAAUUUUAACAAAAGCACAAAUUAAUAAAUAAAGUAACAAUGUCCUUGAACAUGGUCUACCAGAUUUCUGAUCAAAUGUGAUUGGACCUUUAAAGUGUGACCUGCAGUUGGACACAGAGGGCAGAACAGAAAGCUGCACAGACAGAGCCGCACACUGCACACAGUCAGAACCACACGCACGCACAAACACACGCACAUCUGUGAAGUUCCCCUUUCAAACCUCUGCUAAAAGAUGCAGACAGAUUUCUUACAAACUUCUGAAUAUUUCCUCAAACUGAUGUCACACAGACAGUAUAGAGGAAAAAAUUCCCCUAUUUGGCCAUCGAUUGCUAGUCAUGGAGUGCAAGCCAUAAUGUCACUUCCUUAUGAACAAUGCCACAAACAGGCCUUGCGAAAUAUGACGUCCUGCUUGAAAGUGAUUGGGUACUUAAAACAUUCUAUCAACUGCAGUCGACCACAGACAGUCAUCAGAGAGGUACCAGUGGAGACGCAUAUCAAAGCAAAUACUCAACUACUAGUCAUCAUUCAGUAGAUAUUACCAUUAGGAGUCAGUUAGAAAGGUAAUCAUACAGUAGAUAUUACCAUUAGGAGUCAGUUAGAAAGGUAAUCAUAAGUAAGUUAAUAGUAUAAGUAAAUGCAAAAAUAAUGUAUAUUACAAUAAGAAGCCAAACAGACUGAAUUAGUUGAUUCAUUGAUUGGGGUAAUCAUUGAUAGUCGGUACAGUUAGUUAAGAUGGCCAACUACGUCAACAAACAGGUGAUUGAAUUAAAUGAAGUUACUGAAGAAAACCAGAACAGAGCAACGAGGAGCAUGAAGAGUGAGACCCAACUCUCAGAUGAAAGAACAAGACUCUACAGGCUGGCUGCUGUGUGUUUUGGAGUGCUGUGUGUUCUACAAGUCAUUCUCAACAUCUCCCUGAGACUGGCUUUCUCCGGCUCUAAUAAAGAGAGAAACCAGUUAGAGGCCUGUUACAACACCACUGGCCUUGCGCAAGAGAGAGACCAGCCAGAUACCAGUAGUGGUAUCAUUGACCUGUGUACAGACAGGGACCAGCUGCAGAGGGAGAGAGACCAGUGUCGGAAGAACAUGAACCAGCUAGAGAGGGAGAGAGGCCAGUUACUGAGGGACAGAGACCAGUCAGAGAAUACAGAGGACAAAAAACAGUUACAGGAGCGUUACAAUGCCCUGACUAAAGACAGGGACUUGUUGAGAAACAAGGUCAGUGUUCUGACCAAUGAGAAGGUGGCGCUGGAGAAGAGGAUUUCUGAGCGUGGGAUAAACAUUUGUCUGAAAAUCGGGAAACCUUGUCCAGAGGGUUGGAGGCUCUUGGGAUCCAGCUGUUACUUCCUGUCGACUCAGAUGAAAACCUGGGAGGAGAGCAGACUGGACUGUCUGAACAGAGGAGCAUAUUUAGUGAUCAUAAACAGCUUGGAGGAACAGCAGUUUCUCUUGGACGUCAAUAAGAGAGGCUGGAUUGGUCUGACUGACUCUGUUACUGAGGGGACCUGGAAAUGGGUGGACGACACCCCACUGACCACCCCAAGUUACUGGUACUCACCGCAGCCUGAUAAUGGUGGUGACAACCCAGCAAAUGGGGAGGAGGACUGUGUUGAGCUGAACACAGAAACAUGGCAUCCUGUAAAAGCAUGGAAUGACCAAUCAUGUGAAGACAAUCGUUACUGGAUUUGUGAAAAAAGUGUUUAACAACACCAUGACAACAGAGGAGGCAGGUGGGAGGGCAUGCGGGCUCAUUGUAAUUGCUGGAAUGCAAUUUAUGGACCGGUAUCAAACGCAUCAAACAUAUAUAAAACACAUGUUUGACUCCGUUCCAUGAAUUCCAUUCCAGCCAUUACAAUGAGCCUGUCCUCCUAUAGCUCCUCCCACCAGCCUCCUCACAUGACACCAUACUGUAACACAGAUACAGAUACCUGCGCGGCCGAAAUGAAGCAGCUUGCACUCUUGGCCUCGCACGCUAGCAGAAACAUAACACUGUGUUUCAUAUCUUACUGCUUUCUUCAGUGCGCUGUGCUCUCCUGACACCAAAUAAUCAAUCCUUUUUAAUAUUAAUUCAAUGGAUUGGCGAUUGCAUUGUCUGUGGAUCUAUUGGUGCGGAAAGCAAAUUGAAGUGGGUCUAGGGUGUCAGGUAAAGUAGAGGUGAUAUGAUCCUUGACUAGUCUCUCAAAGCACUUCAUGAUUACAGAAGUGAGUGCUACAGGCGAUAGUCAUUUAGUUCAGUUACCUUUGUUUUCUUGGGUACAGGAACAAUGGUGGCCAUCUUGAAGCAUGUAGGGACAGCAGACUGGGUUAGGGAGAGAUUGAAUAUGUCCAUAAAAUUUGAGAUAAUUUCUGUUCCUUAAAGAUAAUAGCAGUUCACUCAAUCUUAAACCCGAUGAACAUUCAACUGUCAAAUGGGACUUAGAUGAAGAUCACAUCAAAUGUCAUGACCAAUUUAUGCAGAAGUCCAGGUAAUUCCAAAGGGUUCACAUACUUUUUCUUGCCACUGUAUCACUAACCACAAUACCUUUGUUCUCUCUCUGUUCUCCUGUACGCUCCUCUGUCUGUCCUGUGGACCUCUGUCUCUCUAUGUAGAUGCAGAAUAAUAUCAGUGCAUUUGCAAUUGUAUUGUAAACACACAAAAUCUAUGCACUUACUCCUGCAAUUAGAACGACUGUCUCUGUGUUUGCUGAGCUGCAUCUCUCACCCUCUUUCUCAAGAAGAAAUUCUGUAUGUCCAUCUUGUUUUUUCAACAGAUAAUUGAGCUGACGUUACCAAAAGUAGCUAGUGUCAUGUUAGUCAUUGAUGCCCCUCAAGUUAGCUAGCUAGCUGGGUUUAUUAGCAAUUUUUUGUAUAUUUGGACAGUAAUUGAUUAGACAGUAAUUGGUUAGUGAUACUAUUUGGGUGGUGAACAGAGCUCCAGCAGUUGGAUUUAGUGUCCAGUGUCCAAAAAGCUAAUCUGGGUUGUCCCUAACGUUAGUUAGCUAGUUUAACGUAAUCUGUCAGUGCAGCUUUUGAGUCAACAUGUUGAAUUGUAGCUAAAUUACUCAAAUCUGGUUUACUGUGAGGUCAAUAACUCUGAAUAGCCUCAUCAUGGGCUAACAAAAGUAGCUAGCUAUAGUAGUAGCAAGCUAAGAAAGUUUACCUCCGGUUCUCCUUCUCAUCUUUGUACGCUCUCCCUCAGAGAAUGAACAGAUGCCCGACAACAUAUUAAUUAUUUGGACGAAUCAAAAUGACUUUGAAAACAACUUUGACUCCACAGUAUACAGAAAUGCUGGUUUUAGGUACCACUAAAAAAGGCAGGCCAGGGCUCAUGAUUGGAGUAUUUAUUGCAGUGUGUAAUGCAGUGUAACCUAGUUUGCUGUACACCCUCCCAGCAGGGCGAAAGACUCGGGCUGAGGCAAAAUCCUUCAUGGCUAAUGCCAAAGAAAGCCCAGUUCUAGUGGCAUCAAUUUUCUCUAUAGUUUAAGAGUGUGUAGACAUACUGUAAUCUGUAAAAUGCUUGUAUUCAAUGUUUUUAAUAUAAACAUGUUAUGUGAUUUGCCAUAGGCUUGUGAUUUUUCCAUGAUCAAUUAUUACAUAAACUGCUUUAAUAAUAAGAAGAAUUAAGGCACAGAUGAAUAAAUAAAGGAAACGUCCUUUAACAAGGUC